CCGCGGCGGGCAGAGCGGGCGGAAGGAACCUGAGCCGGGCUGCCACCGUGUCCCAACCGGAGCCACCGCCGGAGCUUCCCGGGGCCCCGAGUCCGAGCCGAACGCCCUCCUCGCCGCCUCCGCGUCCCGGCGCCCUCCAGAGCCGCCGCGCCGCCAGCGCACACCUGAAGCGGCCGGGCCAGGCCCUGCCUCGGUCCUCAGCUGGUCCUCCCCGCCCCGCACCGGCCUUCACUCUGGAGCGGCCCCGGCAGCCGCAGCAGGGGCGGCGGCGGCGGAUUGAGGAGCUCUCCAGGUCGUCCCGGGAGAGGCUGCUGCAGUCCCGGGACAGGAUGUUCUCCAAGUUUACCUCCAUCCUGCAGCACGCCGUGGAGGCGCUUGCACCUUCUCUUCCUUUACAAGAAGAUUUUGUUUAUCACUGGAAGGCAAUUACCCAUUACUACAUAGAGACUUCAGAUGAUAAAGCCCCAGUGACCGAUACAAAUAUUCCAUCGCAUCUGGAACAGAUGUUAGAUAUACUGGUUCAAGAAGAAAAUGAACGGGAAUCUGGAGAGACGGGGCCAUGUAUGGAAUAUUUGCUCCAUCACAAAAUCUUGGAAACAUUAUACACCUUGGGGAAAGCUGAUUGUCCUCCGGGAAUGAAACAGCAGGUUUUGAUUUUCUAUACGAAACUUCUGGGAAGAAUCCGGCAGCCACUACUUCCACACAUUAACGUGCACAGGCCGGUGCAGAAAUUAAUUAGACUCUGUGGUGAAGUCCUAGCAACACCAACAGAAAAUGAAGAGAUUCAGUUUCUUUGCAUUGUGUGUGCGAAGCUGAAACAGGACCCCUACCUGGUUAACUUUUUCCUAGAGAAUAAGAUGAAAUCAUUGGCUUCCAAAGGAGUACCAAGUGUAAUUUCGGAAGAUACAUUAAAAGGUCAGGAUUCCUUGUCAACAGAUACAGGACAGUCCCAUCAUCCAGAGGAAUUAUCUGGUGCUACUGGAAUGGAGCAAACAGAAUUGGAAGAUGAGCCUCCUCAUCAGAUGGAUCACCUGUCCACAAGCUUGGAUAACCUCAGUGUCACCUCACUGCCAGAGGCCUCAGUUGUUCGUCCAAACCAGGAUUACAAUUUAGUGAAUUCUUUGUUAAAUCUUACUAGAAGUCCUGAUGGCCGAAUAGCUGUGAAGGCAUGCGAAGGCUUGAUGCUGUUAGUAAGUUUGCCAGAGCCUGCGGCUGCAAAGUGCCUUACACAGAGCACUUGCUUGUGUGAACUACUGACAGACAGACUUGCCUCCCUGUACAAGGCCCUACCUCAGUCAGUGGAUCCGUUAGAUAUUGAAACCGUGGAAGCAAUUAACUGGGGCUUGGACUCAUAUAGUCAUAAAGAAGAUGCUUCAGCAUUUCCAGGAAAACGAGCCUUAAUUUCAUUUCUUUCCUGGUUUGAUUAUUGUGAUCAGCUCAUUAAAGAAGCCCAAAAGACUGCUGCUGUUGCUCUUGCCAAAGCUGUUCAUGAAAGAUUUUUCAUUGGUGUUAUGGAACCUCAAUUAAUGCAAACUUCUGAGAUGGGUAUUCUGACAUCCACUGCUCUGCUUCAUCGCAUCGUUCGGCAAGUGACCUCUGAUGUUUUACUUCAAGAAAUGGUGUUUUUUAUCCUUGGAGAACAGAGGGAACCAGAAACUGUGGCAGAAAUCAGCAGACAUCCGUUAAGGCAUAGGUUAAUUGAACAUUGUGAUCACAUAUCUGAUGAGAUAAGCAUAAUGACAUUGCGAAUGUUUGAGCAUCUCUUACAAAAACCCAAUGAGCACAUUCUUUACAACUUGGUCUUGAGAAAUCUUGAAGAAAGAAAUUAUACAGAAUGUAAACCUUUGUGCCCAGAAGAUAAAGAUGUGGUAGAAAAUGGACUGAUAGCAGGAGCAGUAGAUCUGGAAGAAGAUCCAUUAUUUACUGACAUUUCACCAGAAAACACUUUGCCAAACCAAGAGUGGCUUAGUUCUUCGCCUCCUGCUACUCCAGACCACCCCAAAAAUGAUGGAAAAACUGAAGUUCAUAAAAUUGUAAAUAGUUUUCUCUGUCUGGUACCGGAUGACGCAAAAUCCUCCUACCAUGUCGAGGGCACAGGAUAUGACACCUACCUCCGAGACGCUCAUAGGCAGUUCCGGGACUACUGUGCUAUCUGCUUAAGAUGGGAGUGGCCUGGGUCUCCAAAAGCAUUGGAAAAGUGCAAUUUAGAAGCAGCUUUCUUUGAAGGUCAUUUUUUGAAAGUGCUGUUUGACAGAAUGGGAAGAAUUCUUGAUCAGCCAUAUGAUGUAAACUUACAAGUAACCUCGGUGUUAUCUAGACUUUCUCUCUUCCCUCAUCCACACAUCCACGAGUACCUUUUGGAUCCUUAUGUGAACCUCGCUCCUGGCUGUAGAUCUCUCUUCUCUGUAAUUGUCAGGGUUGUUGGAGACCUUAUGCUUCGAAUCCAGCGUAUUCAAGACUUUACUCCCAAGCUUCUGUUAGUCAGAAAGCGAUUACUUGGUUUGGAACCUGAAGGCCCUCUUAUUGACCACAUCACACUGCUAGAGGGUGUGAUUGUGUUAGAAGAGUUCUGUAAGGAGCUGGCGGCAAUUGCAUUUGUGAAAUAUCACGCUUCCUCCACACCAUAAAUAACAUCUUUCAAGUAACUAGGGGAAGUGAACUACUGUGUACAUUUCAUCAAAAAAGACUCAGCUCCACCCAGCCACAAGAGGAUAAAAAGCCUUUUUAAACGAAGUAUUGCUGUAAACUGGACAGAACCAUUAAGAACCUAUUGAGUGGACAUUCUUGGUAAAAUGUUGUAUAAUGUUGUUUUCAUUGGCUUUAUCAUAAUGGUUCUAUUAUAAAAUUGCACAUUGUCGAAUCCAGGAUACAAUCAAAGGAACUUCAGGAAAUAAGCAUUUCUAAUGACUGUGUUUGAAAAGCUGCAAUAUUUCCGAUGUCAUGACUUUGAUGAUAUUUCUGUUAUAUUAAUAUCCUUUUAGGUAGCAAGGCAUUUUGACAUUCUCUGGGACUCAAAUGCUUAUAUUAUUUUGGAUUAAUAAGUAGCAAAAAAAUCACUAAUUUUAUAACUUUUUAAGGUCAGAAUUCUUAUCAAACAAAAUAUGAAAAAAACUGUAAAUGAGAAAAAAUACAAUUCAGAAACCAUUGAAUGAAUUAAUUAUAGGAGAUAAAAAUGUGUAGAGCACCAUUAACUUUCUUCAGCUUUUUUAAGAAUAACAAUUUAAUAUGAUAAAUUCUUGAUCAAUAUAUCUCUAUUUUUAAAGAAAUGUUCUUUUACUCUUGUGCACAUAGCCAUGUUAGUGAUUUUCUUCAUGUAUGGGUCCCAGUUGAUUUAAACUGUCAUUUUCGCAACAAUGUUGAAUUUAUGCUCACCAUUGGUAGUGUUUGCUAAAAUUGUAUUUUUUUUUUAAACUAAGUAAGAUGUACUGGGUCGAGAACCUUUUCCCCCCCUCUCUCCCUCUCAGAAAAUUGCUUUAUAAAAUUGCUUUAUAAUUUGAUUUUCUUACUGAAACGCAUGGUGGUGUCUAGGUGAGGAACUGACUGAUAACCCUUGGCAGCAAUCAAAAUGCCAGUGGCUCCUCGAUGUUUACAUUUUUUUCUAGUUUGUUUGGUCUUUUGUUUUAAAUGAUUCUAAAGAGAUUAAAGAAAACAGACUUUUAAACGUCCUGUUUACAUGUGAAAGGAUUAGGGGAAAUUGGGUAUGUAUGUGAAUGGGUAUACAUGUAGGAACCUGUAGUUCAGCAAAGCUGCGCUGGGCACAGCAUGCUUGUACUCGAUGGACAAAAUCGUGUUUGCUAGUCCGCUUUCUAUUUUUCCUUUAAGUGACACUGAUCACUCAAAUACUGUUUUUAAUCUAUUGUUUGUUUUUAUCUGACGUGUUAAGCAGCAGCACUUUCCUCUUUAUCUUUUCAUUUACUGAUAUUUGGGGGAACAGGCUAUCAAAGGCUGCAGCUUGAAGGGAACUCUCACUACCCCCUCUAGGAAGUUAUUUUAUGUAGCAUGUUUGUAUAUAUGCAUUGUGUGGCGUGUGCGUAGAGGCUUGUUUUACACCUGUCUGCUCAUUUUGUUGUAUUAGCUUUUCUGGUUUAUUUCAUAGUUUGUUUUUGCUAUUUAUUAAGAACAAUAUCAAAAGAUUAUGAAUAGCAUCAGCUCUAGAAUGCUUACCACUGUUAAAACAACAAAAAGACUAAACCUCCAAUUUCAUGCAAAUCUUUAUUAGUUUAUUCUAAGAAAUUUAUUAAGUAAAACAAAGAAAAAACAAAAGUGGGAGAUAGUUAUUUUGUGCAUGAUUGUCUUUAAAUCAUUUUGAAUGAUGUGAAGGCAUUAUUCAGUUUGCUGUAUUUUUUUAAAUCACUUCAUACAGGGAACACUUCGACAUUUCCAUUUCUAGAUGUAGUAACAGUCUACUUCGACGUACAAGUAUUUAAACUAAGGCAUUAAGAGAUAUUAGAUAUUUCUUAAUGUUUUCAUAGUGCUCAAUAGGUGUAGUAGCAAUGAUAUUACCUCUGAAACCAAAUACUGUUUUAUCCUUGAUUUCACUAUGGGACCUUAUAAUUACUCCAUGAAACCAAGCUCAGAAAAGCUUUAACUCUUGUGUGUGUGUAUGUGUAUGCUGCUUCUGAAAAUAUAAUUUUCCUAAGUUAUUGUAAUGACUUUAAUUUGUAAUCAGCUAAGGCUUAAGAUUUCAUUUCUCGUCUAAGUUUCUGUUUUUCUUCCCUUCUUUUUUUCUUUUACAUUUAGUUCAGAGCUAGAGCCAGUACAAGCUCUCACAGUGAGUUCAAUUUGUUAGUUGAAACGUUUUACUGCAUCACUAGUCUUUCUUAAACUGUCUGUUGACAGCUGAAUAUUUGUUACUCAGUACUCGCAAAAACAGUGACUAAAAUGCACUAUGUUGAGUGGAAAGCGCGGUCAUAACAAUUGAUUGCCAUAGCAAGUUCCAAAGUGAAUUUCAGCCUUGCUUCACAUUUGUAUCAAUAAGUACGCACAUUUUUUAAAACUUUCUAACAGUAUAGUCUUUGGAUUUGUUUUUAGUUAUGAGCCACAUUCUUUACUUGAUUUAACUCAGAUUUGUCUUAGCCUAUUGCCAUAUAGUACUCACCUUAUAACUAUGUAACUUUCUCAUAAUGUAUCUGUUUGUGCAAUAUGGAAGCUGUGAGUGGAUUCAUAGCUUUUUGGUUUAAGUGUACAUUAUUGUGUGUGUACAUAUGUAUAUAUGUGUAUAUAUAAGGACCAAAAUUCUUAGCUCGCUUACACUGUUGCUAGUGUAAACAUUGUUACACUUAAUUUUACAGGGCACAAAUUAUGGAAUUACUUCAUAAAUUCAUGGUAAUGUUUCCAUAAAUUAUUGCAUUAAUAUACAAUUACCAUUUAAUUAUGAAGUCCAUCAGUAUUGACAGAAAAAGUUACAGUGAAGUGCUAAAACCACAUUAUAUGGUAAUUAUAUUUUGGGUUGCAUAGUAAAUCAAAUGUGCAUGUCAUUGUGACACUUUAUGGGUUAAAACAUGGUAGAUAAUCACAUUUCUGGGCCCUGUAAAAUAGUGUUACUGUAAUACUCUGUUUUGCCUCCUGCCUUGUUUACAUUAAACAGGAUAUUUGGUAAAUUUUUUGUAUCGAACGUUGUGUAGGUUACUGACAGUGUUACCAACGUCUGGAAUUCUUGGUCAAUCCGUGGAGAAACUCUUCAGAUGGUCAUUGUGUACCUACUCUCUCUUCAAAGGAAGUUGUGAUCAAGUUCAACUUUUUGUGCUAACAAUGCAUGCAGGACUAAGAGGGAUGAUCUAAAAAAUAAAUAAUGUAAUUUAAACAAAA